GAAUUUGGCGGCGUGGAGAAAUUGGGCCCCUUUUGGGGGGUGGAGUGGGAGACGGGGAGGAGGAAAGAAGGAUUUUGGGAGAUUUUCUUUGUCCUCUCCUGGAUUUAGGACCCCGACUGAGGGACUGGGAGGGUUAUAUGGUCCAAACUCAAACGGGUUAAAGGGGAGUCCUUUUGUGGUGGGACAGUAAAUAAAGUCGAGUGCUGGAUAACAUUAGGAGGAAUUAGCUACAAAGUUAGCAGCAAAAUAGUUAUCAUUUCAUUUCAUUUUAAAGUGCUGAGAGCCCCCCUGCAGCAGUGACACCAUGAGUUGGAGCUUCUUGACACGGUUGCUGGAGGAGAUCCAUAACCACUCAACCUUUGUGGGGAAGAUCUGGUUUACCAUCCUUAUCAUCUUCCGCAUCGUACUGACGGCUGUCGGAGGGGAGUCCAUCUACUAUGAUGAACAGAGCAAGUUUGUCUGCAAUACGCAGCAGCCUGGUUGCGAGAACGUCUGCUAUGAUGCAUUUGCCCCCCUUUCCCACGUGCGUUUCUGGAUCUUCCAGAUAAUCUUGAUCUCUACGCCCUCCAUCAUGUAUCUGGGCUUUGCCAUGCAUAAAAUUGCGAGGAGUGCUGAUGAGGAUUAUAAUCCAAAGAGCAAGAAAAGGAUGCCAAUGGUCCAGAGAGGGGCGAACAGGGAUUACGAGGAAGCCGAGGAUAACGGUGAAGAAGAUCCCAUGAUCUUUGAGGACAUUGAGCCGGAAAAGGAGGAAAAGGUGGAAAAGAAACAGAAGCAACAGCAUGACGGGAGACGGAGGAUUAAGCAGGAUGGUCUGAUGAAGAUGUAUGUUCUGCAGCUGCUGACUCGCUCAGUCUUUGAGGUGGGCUUCCUCUUUGGCCAGUACAUCCUAUAUGGCUUUGAGGUGGUGCCUUCCUACGUCUGUAGUCGUAGCCCGUGUCCCCACACUGUGGAUUGCUUUGUCUCGAGACCCACAGAAAAGACCAUCUUCCUUCUCAUCAUGUAUGUGGUGAGUGCUCUUUGUCUUGUUAUGGAUAUCCUUGAAAUGUUUCAUCUGGGCAUUGGUGGCAUUCGGGAUUUCCUCGGCAAGAAACCAAAGAACCCAGCGAUUAACAUGGAUACAAAGUCUCCAAUUUCUAGGUGCCGGCCUUCGGCUCCACCAGGUUAUCACACGGCCCUCAAGAAGGACACCAAGGGCAAGAUGUCAAAUGGUAUCAAGCAAGGAUACAGGGAUAACCUGGCCGACUCUGGCAGGGACUCCUUCGGGGAUGAGCCUUCCUCCAGGGAGUUGGAGAAUCUGCGACGGCACCUGAAGAUGGCCCAAGAGCACCUAGACCUGGCUUUCCAGAUGGACACCAACAGCCCAUCACGCAGCAGCAGCCCAGAGUCCAACGGCACUGCAGUUGAGCAGAACCGACUUAACUUUGCGCAGGAGAAGGAGGGAGGUGCUUGUGGAAAAGGAGGAAUUGGAGCCUGAUCUGUUCAAUACUGGAAUGCUGCAUGUGAGCAUUGCUUCAUGCAGUCAAUGGAACUGACUACAGAAAAUCAGUAACUGGAAUUACAGUGAUAGACUUGACAUAGGAACCUUUUGCAUAUGCAGACAUGUUUAUGGGGGUUGAAAUUGUCUUUAAUCAGUGUUGCUUAGACCAGUAGAGGAAACUGUCAAGAGUUGAUGGGGCAGGACCCCCCUCCCCACAUGCACACCCACGUUUUAUUUGUUGUGGGCAUAAUAAUUCAAGCUGGAAUUAGUGCUUCAAUAGAUUUGCCACAUUUCUUGAUCUGGCCCAUUUAAGUUUGUGUUAGAAAUGUUGUGCUGAACACUGUUAUGGGUCACAAGCCAUUUAAUGUCUUUGUUUACAUUCUCAAGUCAUUCCAAAAAAACCCCAAAUAAUCGGUGUGCCAAUAAUAAAGGCAGCUCUGGCUUAUAUUUUUAUAAAAGCAGUUAUGUAAAAGUGAUGUUAACCGCAAUGCACAAAAUCCCUUGGCUUCUGUUCGAUCAAACCCGGCCCAUGAUACUCUGUAGCAUGGUUAGGUGAGAGUUUCUGUUUAUCAAGCAAUUUUGCUGUGCAAGGUUUUUUUUUUUUAAAUCCAGAUAUAAACUUGAGUAGGGAGAGAUGCACUUGGAUUUCCAGGUAACAAGUUUUGCAACUGCAAACUUAUUACCUUGCUCCAGAAGAGCAAAAAAAUAGGCUGCACAGUAUACCAAAUGCUUGUUUUCCCAACCCACGUGCUGUGAGAGUACAGAAGCCUUUAUGAUGCCUUGUCCAAAUUUCAGAAACCUGGGAAAAUCUGUGUUUUUUUUUUGUUUGUUUUGUUUUUGUUUCCCACUAUUUACUUUGUUAGUCCUGUUGCUUUUAUAAUCAUGCUAGUGACAUAUUUGUUUGUAAGACUGUAAUGUUCUGUUAACUUGAAUGCUGAUUUAUCUAUAAAGACUUCUCGGUACUGGCUUUUUUUCUCCUCCAUGUAUUCAAUGAUCUGUUAAGAUUUACUGUGGAACUUGCCACCUGUGCUGUAAAAUGUGUACUUCUAGACCUCUUCUUUCUGUGACUUAUUUUUAAACUGCAAUUUCUCAGGAUAAUCCAACUGGGAGUCUCUCGAGUCUUGUUACGAUUCCAGUUAUUUGGAACCAAAAGCAGAACAUGUAUUAGUUUCAACAAGACCUAAAAAUUGUGCAUUUAUUUUGCAGAUGAAUUUAUAACCCCCUUUACAUAGUUCAAAGCUGAGGUUUUUAAAUAAACAUGAUGCAAUA